AAGUAGUCAUUGUUUUUGUAUUCUUUAUGAUAAAUAUAAAUAUAUUUGUAAAUGUAAUAUUUACGCGACAAAAGUGUAACAGAGAACAAACAAGUCGAUUAUUAGUGUACAGAUUAUCCAACAACUAUUUCGUUUAACUUCGUUUAAAUUUUGUAUGUUAUUUGUUUACUUUGGUCGCAGUCAUUUAAGAUUUCAAAGUGAUAAUUUAUUUGCUUGUGUGUUUUGUGUUGUUUAUAAGUUGUGCAAUAUGUCCGCAAACACAGUAAAUGUUGAUUUGCAAAGGGAACGGGCGAAAUGCGACUUUAACACAGAAGAAUUAACGAACUUUUUAGACUGGGGAGUUAAAUAUACAGAGAAAAGGAGAAACUUAGAACAAAAGGUGUUAAGCGUUAAAGGCUUACUGGAUGACACGCCCGAAGAAUACAUGAGUCACAAAGAGAAAUAUGAGAACUCCAUCCGUAAAUCUGUGUUGUUUUACAAAACUCUACAUUCAAUGGAAGAUGAAAACAUCUCUAUUGACGAGAAAACUAGGAUUAACUUCCGUAACAUAGUAACGUCUGCAGUAUUCAAAGACAACUCUCCGCUCAUGUUGCAUAAUUCGAUGUUCAUCCCGACCAUCAUGGGCCAGGGCACUGACGAACAAAAGGCGUACUGGAUGAAAAGAGCAAAGAAUAUGGAGAUAAUAGGCACAUAUGCUCAGACGGAACUUGGACAUGGUACCUUUAUACGUGGUUUGGAGACGCAAGCAACAUACGACCCAGAUACAGAAGAAUUCGUUUUGCACAGUCCUGCGCUGUCCUCUUACAAGUGGUGGCCUGGAGGCUUGGCCCACACUGCGAACUAUUGCGUAGUUAUGGCCCGUCUCUAUAUAAAAGGAAAGAGCCACGGAAUCCAUCCGUUCAUGGUGCAGAUUAGAGACGAAGAGACCCACAUGCCUUUGCCUGGAAUCAAGCUUGGUGAGAUCGGAGCCAAGCUCGGCUUCAAUACUGUUAACAAUGGCUUUCUGGGAUUCGAAAACCAUAGAAUACCAAGAGACAGAAUGCUCAUGAAGAAUGCGCAGGUCUUGAAAGAUGGAACAUUCGUUGCCGGCAGUAACAGCAAGCUGACGUACGGCACUAUGGUGUUCGUUCGAGUCAUAAUAGUAAACAGUAUGGCCAACAUGCUGGCUAAGGCUGUCACCAUAGCCGUGAGAUACAGCGCUAUCAGGAGGCAGUCUCAACCCAAACCUAAUGAACCGGAACCUCAAAUCUUGGACUACGUGACUCAGCAGCACAAGCUGUUCAUCGCGAUUGCUUCGAGUCAUGCGUUCUAUAUUAACGCAAUGUGGUUGUGGGAGAUAUACUACAGCGUCACCUCACAACUUGCAGGCGGCAACCUUGACAACUUGCCUGAGUUACACGCGUUAGCUUGUUGCCUAAAGCCGUUGAGUACAAUAGACGCUACGACUAUGAUAGAGAAGUGCCGGCUGGCGUGUGGCGGGCACGGCUACAUGCUGUCGGCCAACCUCGCGCAGACGUACGGCCUGGCGACCGCCGCCUACACAUACGAGGGCGAGAACACGGUGCUGCUGCUGCAAGCUGCCAGAUCGUUAGUAAAAGCUUGGGGCGGUCAUGUUAAAGGUCAACCUUUGAAAGGGACAAUGGCGUACCUAGCAGAAGACCCUACAGUGAAGGUGUGGGACGGCUCCAUUGACGGAAUUAUACAGAGCUUUAAAGUUGUUGCCAUACGUAAAUUAUCGAGUGUUGUGAAGAUUCUUAAGGAAUACGAGAAAUCCGGACUAUCCCCAGAAGACGCUUGGAAUAAGGCUUCAGUGUUCCUUACUGCAGUAUCUGAGGCACAUGGCAGAGCUGUCCUUCUCUCCGUGUACAAAUCUGAGACGGAUAAGAGAGCCGCCGCCCUGUCGCCGCCAUUGAGGAAGGUUUUAUUACAAUUAGUGGACUUGUACGUAAUGUACUGGGCACUUGAAAAAGUGGGCGACAUGUUACUGUAUGCAUCGAUCACGGAAAGGGAUGUGGAAGAACUGCAACGAAGAUACAUAGAGCUAUUGGCGGCCAUCAGACCCAAUGCAGUGGGUCUUGUAGACGCGUUCGACUUUAGAGAUGAGAUUUUAAACUCAGCUCUUGGUGCUUACGACGGUCGCGCAUACGAGCGUCUGAUGGAGGAGGCAAUGAAGAGUCCACUUAACGCGGAACCUGUCAAUCAAACCUUCCAUAAAUACUUAAAGCCAUUCAUGCGGGGAAAAUUGUAAACAUGUAAAAUAUAUUUUGUAAUUUAU